CUUCUCCCUUCCCUAUCUCAAAUCCUCCUCUUCUUUUGUAUUUCAGUCAUUUACUUUUGUAGCAGAAAAAAAAAAAAAAUGGAAGCCGGUGGUAAAUUGAAGAAGGGAGCCGCUGGAAGGAAGGGCGGCGGUCCGAAGAAGAAAUCGGUUUCCCGAUCCGUCAAAGCCGGUCUGCAGUUUCCGGUCGGGAGGAUCGGCCGGUAUCUGAAGAAGGGACGUUACUCUCAGCGGGUCGGAUCCGGUGCACCGAUUUACAUGGCUGCCGUGUUAGAGUACCUCGCUGCUGAGGUAUUGGAAUUGGCAGGAAAUGCAGCGAGGGACAACAAGAAGAGCAGAAUAAUUCCGAGGCAUUUGUUGCUAGCUGUGAGAAACGACGAGGAGCUGGGAAAACUUCUGGCCGGAGUGACGAUUGCUCACGGCGGAGUUUUACCGAACAUCAACCCAAUUCUUCUACCUAAGAAGUCGGAGAAGGAGGUGGAGAAGGCGGCGUCUAAAUCUCCGUCCAAGGCCACCAAAUCUCCUAAGAAGGCUUAGUUUUAAUGUUGCUUGUUUAGUGUUGGGUUUAAUGGAUUUGUUAGGUUAAUUUCCUUGUUGGCCUGUAGAGAGAGAGAGAGAGAGAUGUUUAUAAUUGGGAUGAUGAUUUGUACUUUAAUCUUUAGGGGAGGAUCGUUGUUUAGAUGAUUGCUUUUCUUUCUGAAACUUGUUUGGCUGUUCA